GUGAAAGAAAAGAUGUUGUCCCGGCUAAGAGUAGUUGCCACUCCUUGUUCUCUGGCAUGCCGGCGUGUACACACAAAAGAGAAGGGCAAGCCCCUCAUGCUGAACCCAAGAACAAACAAGGGGAUGGCAUUUACAUUACGAGAACGACAAAUGCUUGGUCUUCAAGGACUUCUACCUCCCAAAAUAGAGACACAAGAUAUUCAAGCCUUACGAUUCCAUAGAAAUGUGAAAAAAUUAAAUUGCCCUUUGGAAAAAUACAUCUAUAUAAUGGGAAUACAAGAAAGAAAUGAAAAGUUGUUUUAUAGAAUACUGCAAGAUGAUAUCGAAAAUCUGUUGCCAAUUGUAUAUACACCAACAGUUGGUCUUGCCUGCUCCCAAUAUGGACACAUCUUUAGAAGACCUAAGGGAUUAUUUAUUUCAAUCUCAGACAGAGGUCAUGUUAGAUCAAUUGUGGAUAACUGGCCAGAAAAUCAUGUUAAGGCUGUUGUGGUGACUGAUGGCGAGAGAAUUCUGGGUCUUGGCGAUCUGGGCGUCUAUGGAAUGGGAAUUCCAGUAGGAAAACUUUGCUUGUAUACAGCUUGUGCAGGGAUACGGCCUGACAAGUGCCUGCCUGUGUGCAUUGAUGUAGGAACUGAUAACCCAGCACUGUUAAAAGAUCCAUUUUACAUGGGCUUAUAUCAGAAACGAGACCGAUCACAACGUUAUGAUGAUCUAAUUGAUGAGUUUAUGAAGGCCAUUACUGACAGGUAUGGACGGAACACACUUAUUCAGUUUGAAGACUUUGGAAAUCAUAAUGCAUUCAGGUUCUUGAGAAAAUAUCGAGAAAAAUACUGUACCUUCAAUGAUGAUAUUCAAGGGACAGCUUCAGUAGCUCUCGCAGGUCUUCUUGGAGCACAAAAAGUUGUUGGUAAAUCACUCUCAGAACACAAAAUCUUAUUUCUUGGAGCAGGAGAGGCUGCUCUUGGAAUUGCAAAUCUUAUAGUUAUGGCUAUGGUAGAAAGUGGCCUCCCAGAAGAAGAGGCACAAAAGAAAAUUUGGAUGGUUGACAAGUUUGGUUUAUUAUAUAAGGGGCGGGAAGCUAAAAUAGACAGUCAUCAGGAAUCAUUUGCUCACUCAGCCCCAGAGAGCAUACCUGGUACUUUUGAAGAUGCAGUAAAGAUACUUAAGCCUUCAGCUAUAAUUGGAGUUGCAGGAGCUGGCCGACUUUUCACUCCUGGUGUAAUCAAAACCAUGGCUGAUAUCAACGAAAGGCCUAUAAUCUUUGCAUUAAGUAAUCCUACAGCAAUGGCUGAGUGUACAGCUGAAGAAGCAUAUACACUUACAGAGGGAAGGUGUUUGUUUGCCAGUGGCAGUCCAUUCGAGCCGGUGAAACUAAGUGAUGGGCGAGUGUUCACGCCAGGCCAAGGCAACAAUGCAUAUAUUUUCCCAGGAGUGGCUUUAGCUGUUAUUCUCUGUCACACCCGGCAUAUUAGUGACCAUGUUUUCCUAGAAGCUGCAAAGGCACUGACAAGUCAGUUGACGGAUAAAGAGCUAGCUCAAGGGAGACUUUAUCCCCCUUUUUCCAAUAUUCAGGAAGUUUCCAUUAACAUUGCUAUUAAAGUUACAGAAUACCUGUAUGCUAAUAAAAUGGCUUUCCGGUACCCAGAACCUGAGGACAAGGCCAAGUAUGUUAGAGAAAGAAUAUGGCGAAGUGAAUAUGACUCCAUGCUGCCAGAUAUGUAUGAAUGGCCAGAAUCUGGACAAAGCCCUCCUGUGCUACCAGAAUAGAAGCGCCCACAAAUAAAUAUUGUCCGUGCUUCAGGGAACCCCUCUUUUCAGACAAAAUAUAAUGUUCUCAAAUUUA